UUCCAGCUCCUUCCAGCGCAGCCCAGACCCGCACCAUGCCCCGCACCAUGCCCAGCCACGCCGCCGGAGCCCUGCUGCUGGUGCUCGCCCUCUGCGCACUCCUGGAGGACGGUAUGGGUCACCCUCCGCUGGAGUCCCCCCUGGCUGCACACCCCAGGACCAAGCGAUGCUCCUGCAAUAGCUGGCUGGAUAAGGAAUGCAUCUACUUCUGUCACCUGGAUAUCAUCUGGGUCAACACACCUGGGCACACGGCUCCCUAUGGCCUGGGGAGCCCUCCAAAGAGGCGCAAGAGAUCCCUCAGCAGGUGUGAGUGCUCACGCUCGAGGGACAGCAUCUGUGCUGCCUUCUGCCAGGCCAAGCCUGGGUACCUUCAGAGUCUGAAGCUCCCAGUGAGCUCUGGAGCAUCAACGAAGUCUCCGCAGAGCAGUGGUGUGAGGCCUUCCCAUCAUGGCCUGCUGAGAGCUCUCAGGGAUGUUGCCAUCUCCAGCCUGCACUUGAAGCAUCAGCAGCGCUCCCGGAGGAGUGCACAGCCAACAGUUCUGCCUUGGAAGAAAAGCAUCUGGAAGAAGAAGAGAUAAGAAACAGGUGCUUACCAAGGUCACCAGAAGAAUCCGGGAGUCCUGUGGGUGCCACUAACUCCGCUGUCGGUAGUUAGAGCUGAAGGAAAGGCCAUGAGUGGAAGGGAGAAGAAGUGGAAGUCUCCAUGCUCCUGUUGCAUGAACCAGUACUGAAUGCACUCCAGAGACUGUUGUAAAGGGGAAAACUCUCUCUAUACAGUCAUAGAUGUGUCGUGGAGCUGAAUUGUGCCUUUUUGGAUCAGGCAAGGGUCUUGCUGGAGGAGUACAAGUUUAACUCUGCACUGGAGUCUUAGGCAGAGGGUCAGCCUGUGCUGGGUGGUUGAAUCAUAUAGAAACCAGGUGGCUCCGUGUGCUUCUGACCUGGCAGCACUGGACCCAUAUCUCUGGCUUGUUCUGCUCUGCCUCUGAGCCAUGUCCAGGCAUGGUCCCAGCUUGGCCCCAGUCAGAGGUGGUUUGGCUGGUCACUGUAGACAGGGAUAAGCUACCUCCAGUGUGAGCCCCCCUUUGCACUUUCUUCUCUUACUUGCCAGGCAGUGUGAUGUGCAUGUGAAUGAGACUCCCAUGGUAAAACAGCUCCCAGGUUUAAUUAAAACAAGUGUAUCAUCUAGAAGCCUGAAAGCCAACUGAGCAGUCAAUGGCAUUCCUUGGCUGAGGAAUUCACUGCAGGUCUGUCCUUAAGUGGCUCCCCUUUAGGUGGAGGAUAGCUUGCUUACACUGGAGCUUGCAUCAAAUCCAAGCAUGACCCCGAGGCUGAAGCAGAGCUGCAUUUGUGCAGGAUCCCCAUGCAUGUAGUCUGGGGGAGGGAGCCCCACUGGGUCUGAGCAGGUCUGGAUGAGUUCCCUGUCUCAUCUCCUUGGACAUACCCUUAGCGGGGUAGAGUAAGUCCAGCUUUUAACCUAAUAUCUGAGCUUUCUCUCAGCUCUGCCUGAAAGGAAAGGCUAGGGGCAGAGAAGAUGGGUGGUGGGAAAAUAGCAUGCAAAGGCUUGCUUGCUUCUUUGCUUAGAUCAGGUCUUGGAGCUGAACUC